UUUCCCCUCCCUCGUUUGAGACCCUUCCCUGAUUCAGUCCAUUGUCCGGCUCCUGGGAGGCGCCGCCACACACACACACACACACAGUGAAAUUACAGCGGCCGAGCCACAGGGAACCAACGCUCCAGCCUCCUCAACGAACAGGACACAGCAGUCAAAAUUCGCGCCCCAUUUUUGAUCUGAAGGAAUCUCGGCCAAAAUGCCUCUGGUCAGGUCACUCUCAGUGACUUCUUUAAACGGCCUCCCAGUCUGGGAGGAUGAAAACUUACCCGUGGAAAAUUUAAUGCUCUUUGAGAUUUCUUGGGAGGUCACGAACAAAGUUGGUGGUAUCUACACUGUAAUACAAACCAAAGCAAAGGUCACGGCAGACGAAUGGGGAGAAAACUACGUGCUGAUCGGUCCCUAUUAUGAGCACAAUGUGAAGACACAGGUGGAAGUGUUUGAACCAAGCAACUACGCCAUAAAAAAGACGAUGGACUUCAUGAGGUAUCAAGGAUUUCGGGUUUGCUUUGGCAGAUGGCUGAUUGACGGCAACCCGUACGUGCUGCUGUUUGACAUUGGUUCUGCAGCAUGGAACCUGGACCGGUGGAAGGGCGAGUUCUGGGAUGCUUGCCAAAUCGGCAUCCCGCAUCACGACGGUGAAUCCAACGAUGCUUUAAUCUUCGGAUCCCUGACCGCCUUGUUUUUGAAAGAGCUUGCUGAUCAGUUUCAAGACAAACCAAAAAUCAUCGCCCACUUUCAUGAAUGGCAAGCAGGCGUAGGACUGAUACUGAGCCGAAUACGGCAAUACCCUAUUGCAACAAUCUUCACCACCCACGCCACAUUGCUGGGCAGGUAUCUGUGUGCGGGCAACACUGACUUUUACAACCGGCUAGACAAGUUCGACGUUGACAGGGAAGCAGGGGAAAGGAAGAUCUACCAUCGCUACUGCAUGGAGCGGGCCAGUGCGCACUGCGCCCACGUCUUCACCACCGUGUCCGCCAUCACUGCCGUUGAGGCAGAGAACAUGAUAAAGAAAAAGCCAGAUGUGAUCACACCUAAUGGGUUGAACAUCAAGAAGUUCUCCGCCAUGCACGAGUUUCAGAACCUUCACGCCCUAUACAAGUCUCGCAUCCAGGAGUUUAUUCGGGGACACUUCUACGGACACUUGGAUUUCAAUUUGGAAAAGACGCUCUUCUUCUUCAUAGCUGGCAGAUAUGAAUUUACAAAUAAAGGGGCUGACCUUUUCAUAGAAGCGUUGUCGAGGUUAAACUUCCUUCUCCGGGUUCAGAAAUGUGAUGUUACUGUUGUGGUAUUUUUCAUCAUGCCAGCAAAAACCCACAACUUCAAUGUUGAAACGUUGAAGGGACAGGCGGUCAGAAAACAACUUUGGGACACUGCUCAUUUAGUGAAGGAGAAGUUUGGAAAGCGACUUUAUGAAGCAUUGUUGAAAGGGGAAACGCCAGAUUUGACCAAGUUCCUUGAUCGUGAUGACUUGACUGUGAUGAAAAGAGCCAUUUAUGCCACACAGCGCCAAAGUCUACCUCCUGUGACAACGCACAACAUGCUCGAUGACACCAAGGACCCGAUCCUCAGCACCAUCAGACGCAUUGGACUGUUCAACAACAGAGCUGACCGAGUUAAGAUUGUUUUUCACCCCGAGUUUCUAUCGUCUACCAGCCCAUUGUUGCCCAUGGACUAUGAGGAGUUUGUCCGGGGUUGUCACCUUGGAGUCUUCCCAUCCUAUUAUGAGCCUUGGGGAUACACUCCUGCGGAGUGUACGGUGAUGGGGAUUCCCAGUGUGACAACCAACCUCUCCGGCUUUGGGUGCUUUAUGCAGGAGCACGUGGCGGACCCUACAUCUUACGGGAUUUACAUCCUCGACCGGCGUUUCCGAUCCCUCGAAGAGUCGUGCAAUCAGUUGACGCAGUUCAUGUUCGGCUUUUGCAAACAAUCUCGUCGCCAGAGGAUCAUUCAAAGGAAUCGGACAGAGAGGCUUUCGGAACUUCUGGACUGGAGAUACCUAGGCCGGUACUACAUGCACGCCCGUCAUCUUGCGCUAUGUAGAGCCUUCCCAGAAAAAUUUCAGAUGGAGCCCAUUGCACCUCCUUUGACCGAGGGUUUCCGAUAUCCCCAGCCAGCCUCCGUGCCACCAUCCCCUUCGGUAUCUUUGCAUUCGAGUCCGCACCAGAGUGACGAUGAGGAGAAUGGCGACGAGCGUUACAAUGAGGACGAGGAGGCGGAGAAGGAUCGGAGGAACAUUAAAACGCCAGCUUCCCUGUCCCCCUUCCCCACUGGAAACCAAUCUGAUGCAGAGUACCACGACUGAGCAGGUUCGAACAACUGAGCAGAGCUUCACCAUGUGAAACGCCGCUUACAAAACCUUGACGAUGGGGAAAACGGGCGCGCUAGCAAGUUAAGUCCGUGUAGUCUGCUUAUAUUGUACCCUGGUGCAGCACGUUGUCAAAUUCUCAUCUCAAGGGCAGAAUUGUGCUUUAUACGAGUUUUGAGUGAGUUCAUGUAAACCUUUUUUUUUUAAAUGUCUAAUAAUUAAGGAAGAGUUAUGCCAUCCUCAAUCCUGCUCCAUUAUAUCAAGCAGGUCUUGAAGAACUACAUAUUCUUUCUUGUACCCUUCAGCCUCCAUCCACCUUUCAAUUCUAUUGAAGCAAGUUCCAGUAAUAAGUCUCCGCAGUAGGGAACAAUGAGUUAAAAGCUCCAAACCCCUGCACUGAAAUAUCAAUUCGAAAGGCAAAUCCCAAAGCCUUUUCGAAUCGCCCCUUGAUUUCCAGAACACAUUUGCACCAUGUCCACAAAUAACAUUAGCUAAUUUAUAGAAUGAUAUAAUUAUUACAUGCAAUUAUGUUACGCUGCUGAUGUUGUUAUUUCAGAACUUGAGAUGUGGCCAGUCACCAUUAUCACCCAAUGCUUUAAAAUCCAGAGAUAGACCUCCCAAGAAUGGUUGUUUGAAUCAGUAUUUCAAUGCAGGGGUUGGAACUUGACACCCAUUUUCACAUUCAUGGCACCGGUAACUAAAAACAGGUUGUAAUGUUCACAUUUCACACUUCUCGGUGCUAAAGUUGCUGAUAAUUGUUUUGGGAUAUACACCAUGUUUGCCCAUUCAUUUCUCCUUUCAGUACCAAAACCAUU